ACAGUUGACACUUUGAAUGUUAUUAUUUCGUGUGUGGAUUUGAGGUUAUGUUCACAAAUUAUGAUCGUAAAAUGUAAUUAAACGUAAACUGAGCAUGUUAUUUAGAAAAUAACUUUACUCCAUAAAAUUGAAUAUUCUAGAAAAACAUUUCGUUUAUGAAAUUACAAUGGAAGCAAAGAAAUUAAAGACGAAGAAAGGUACAAUUAAUAAGGGAAAAGUUAAAAAGACUUUAAAAAAUGUUAUAUGUCGCCCCGAUCCUGUAUUUUGGCCAGCAGUGUCGGAAGCUGAAGCAACUUCAUUAAGUAACAUUCUUAUGGAGCAUCGUAUCGCUAUUCCUGAUAUUAAAAAACCUCACUGGAAUGAACUGAAAUUGAUACCGAAAAAUGAAAGACCGAAACCUUCGCCACUGAAGAAAAUAGAUGGAUUUUUGUUUGGAAUAUCAGUGUGCCACAAUGCUAUUGAAAAAAAUGAAUGCUCUGCAGUGUUAAUAGAGGCAUUGGUUGAACCCCAAAUGAUUGUCCAGUCAAUUAUUGAAGCAUGUAAUUCUUCCGAUAUUCCAGUUAUUUGCUUAAAAGAUUUAAAAAUCAUAACCAAAAAAAACUUUGGUAUACAGACAAGCUGCUUAGGAAUAAAAAAAGAUAACUUACUAAAAAUCAGUAGUAAUGUCAAGCAAAUAUAUCAAAAAUAUCAAGUUCAGAAGAAGAAUGUUAAUGAAAGUAACUCCUCGAGUGUUAAUCUUGAAAGUAAAAAAGUAUUAGAAAAAGAAGAUUCCCAGAUGGAUAUAGACAUAGAUCAAACCUACAACCCAUAUCUUUUUAGAAUUGAUAAGAAAACUAGAGUGUUUGUGCCGAACAAUAAGCACACAAAUGAAGAAAGUAACAAGUUUGUGGGACAAAACUUUAUUAAAUUGUCAGUUCAGAAAAUUGAAAAUAAUACCGAUAGUAAGGAAUACAUGAGAAUGAUGUUGAAAAAAAUUACUAAUAACCCUAAUAGAAAAAAAAAUAAUAAGCUUAAGUAAUUUUAUUAAACUAGUAUAUUUACCUGUAUAAUAAAUGUAUU